UAAUCGAUGAAAUGUAUAAAUACUCGACACUUUUCAGCGGAAAUUUUACUACGCUCUCCGAAGGGCGGCCAUAUUGCAAUAUUAUUGUGAAAUGUAAACAAUCUAAAUGAGGCAAAGAAAUUACCUUUAGAACCACAAUAACUUGAGGACUAACAGACAAGAAUCAUGGCUUACACUGGCGAUUCCAACGCACCUCUUCGGGACGUGAAGAGAGUACAGUUUGGGAUUUUAGGACCAGAUGAAAUCAGGAGGAUGUCUGUUACAGAAGGAGGAAUUAAAUACUCUGAAACAAUGGAGGGUGGUAGACCAAAGCUUGGUGGAUUGAUGGAUCCCAGACAAGGAACAAUAGAUAGAACUUCCAGAUGUCAGACAUGUGCCGGGAUCAUGCAGGAAUGCCCUGGACAUUUUGGACACAUAGAGUUAGCCAAACCAGUGUUCCAUGUUGGUUUUCUGACAAAAACCAUAAAAAUGAUCAGAUGUGUGUGUUUCUACUGUUCAAAGCUGUUGGUUGAUGUUAAUCAUCCAAAGGUUAAAGAUGUUAUAGCAAAAUCCAAAGGAUUUCCAAGAAAAAGAUUUGCACAUGUUUAUGAUCUCUGUAAAACUAAGAAGAUUUGUGAAGGUGGAGAUGAAAUGGAUGGUAAACUUGGUGAAGAUCUUAUGGAUGAAGAGAAAAAGCAUCAACAUGGAGGGUGUGGAAGAUUUCAACCUAAAAUCAGAAGACAAGGUUUAGAUUUAACUGCAGAAUGGAAGAAUAUAAACGAAGAAACACAAGAGAAAAAGAUUGUACUGACUGCAGAAAGAGUUCAUGAAAUUUUGAAGCGCAUCUCGGACGAGGAAUGUGUUGUACUUGGAAUGGAUCCAAAGUUUGCCAGACCUGACUGGAUGGUUAUUACUGUACAGCCAGUUCCACCACUCUGUGUCAGACCAGCUGUUGUCAUGUUUGGCUCAGCUAGAAAUCAGGAUGAUUUAACCCAUAAGUUGUCUGACAUUAUCAAAGCUAAUAAUCAGUUACGAAGAAAUGAACAAAAUGGUGCAGCUGCACACAUCAUUUCUGAGGACACUAAAAUGUUACAGUAUCAUGUGGCAACAUUCACAGAUAAUGAACUCCCUGGUUUGCCAAAGGCCACACAGAAAUCAGGUAGACCUUUAAAGUCAGUGAAACAGAGACUGAAGGGCAAAGAAGGAAGAGUAAGAGGAAACUUGAUGGGUAAACGUGUGGACUUCUCAGCUCGUACUGUCAUUACUCCAGAUCCAAACUUGAGAAUUGAUCAAGUAGGAGUACCCAGAUCUAUAGCACAGAACAUGACGUUUCCUGAGUUAGUCACACCCUUCAAUAUAGACAAAAUGCAUGAUUUAGUACAGAGAGGAUCCAAUCAGUAUCCUGGUGCCAAGUAUAUUGUACGGGAUAAUGGAGAGAGAAUAGAUUUAAGAUUUCAUCCCAAAUCCAGUGAUCUCCAUCUACAGAUAGGAUACAAGGUGGAAAGACAUAUGCAGGAUAAUGAUUUUAUUGUGUUUAAUCGUCAGCCAACUCUACAUAAGAUGAGUAUGAUGUGUCACAGAGUGAAAGUUUUACCAUGGUCUACAUUCAGAAUGAAUCUGAGUGUAACCACACCAUACAAUGCUGAUUUUGACGGAGAUGAAAUGAACUUGCAUCUUCCUCAGUCUUUAGAGACUAAAGCUGAGAUUUCCAACUUGGCCCUUGUAUCUAAGAUGAUCAUAACACCACAGUCUAACAGACCAGUUAUGGGUAUUGUACAGGACACAUUGACUGCGGUCAGAAAAAUGACCAAGAGGGAUGUAUUUUUGGACAGGGGACAAAUGAUGAACCUUUUGAUGUUUUUACCAAGCUGGGAUGGUCACAUGCCACAGCCAGCUAUACUGAAACCCAGACCCUAUUGGACAGGGAAACAGUUGUUGACCUUAGUCAUCCCAGGUCGUGUAAAUUGUAUAAGAACCCACAGUACUCAUAAUGAUGAUGAGGAUAGAGGUCCAUAUAAAUGGAUUUCACCUGGUGAUACUAAGGUAUUGAUAGAGGAUGGUGUGCUGAUCAGUGGUAUUCUAUGUAAAAAGACUUUAGGUGCCUCCUCAGGAUCUCUUCUUCACGUGCUGUUUCAGGAGUUAGGAUAUGAAACAGCUGGUUAUAUGUAUGGUAACAUUCAAACUGUUGUCAACAACUGGCUGAUGUACGAAGCUAAUAGUAUUGGUAUUGGUGAUACCAUUGCUGAUCCUCAAACUUACGUUGAUAUUCAGGAGACUAUCAGAAAAGCUAAGUUUGAUGUGAUAGAGGUUAUUGAAAAGGCCCACAAUGAUGAUUUGGAGCCUUCACCCGGUAAUACACUUCGUCAGACUUUUGAGAACCAGGUGAACAGAAUCCUGAAUGGAGCCAGAGACCAGACUGGUAGUAAAGCUCAACAGUCUUUGUCAGAUUUCAACAACUUCAAAUCUAUGGUAGUGGCUGGAUCUAAAGGUUCCAAGAUUAAUAUAUCUCAGGUUAUUGCCUGUGUCGGACAACAGAAUGUUGAAGGAAAGAGAAUUCCCUUUGGUUUCCGUUACAGAACCUUGCCACAUUUCAUCAAAGACGAUUAUGGUCCAGAAUCUAGAGGAUUUGUAGAAAACUCCUACCUUGCCGGACUGACACCAUCAGAAUUUUACUUUCACGCCAUGGGAGGACGUGAAGGUCUCAUUGAUACUGCUGUAAAAACUGCAGAAACUGGCUACAUUCAAAGGCGAUUGAUCAAAGCUAUGGAGAGUGUGAUGGUAAAAUAUGAUGGAACUGUACGUAACCAAAUUGAACAAUUGGUACAGUUAACAUAUGGUGAGGAUGGACUUGAUGCCUGUCAUGUGGAGUUUCAAGAUAUUCCUACUGCUAAACCACCAGAGCGAAUCUUUGAGAAAAAGUUCAAGAUGGAUCCUAAUGAUGAAAGGAUCUUGAGAAAGUCCAUGAGUGAAGAGACUAUUAAAGAUCUGCUUGGAGAUGCUCAGGCCCUAGCCUUGUUAGAAAAUGAGUGGGAUCAGUUAAAAGAGGACAGGGAAACAGUUCGUUCAAUCUUCCCUAGAGGAGACAGUAAAGUGGUAUUACCAUGCAAUCUACACAGACUAAUAUGGAAUGCACAAAAGAUCUUCAGGAUUAAUACACAUAAACCUACAGACCUUCAUCCAGCUAAAAUUGUAGAAGGUGUUGCUGAACUUUGUAAAAGAUUGGUAUCAGUACCAGGAGAAGAUAAACUCAGUGUACAAGCCAAUGCUAAUGCUACAAUUCUAAUGAAAUGUCUUGUUAGAUCAACACUGUGUGCCAAAAGAGUGACAGAAGAAUUCAGGCUCAGUGCUGAAGCUUUUGAGUGGUUGCUUGGGGAAAUAGAAACAAGGUUUCAACAGUCUCAUGUACAUCCAGGUGAGAUGGUUGGAGCUCUAGGUGCCCAAUCUUUGGGAGAACCAGCUACACAGAUGACAUUGAACACUUUCCAUCACGCUGGUGUAUCAGCUAAAAACGUAACUCUUGGUGUACCUCGUCUAAAGGAGAUUAUCAAUAUAUCAAAGAAACCUAAAACUCCAUCAUUGACCGUAUUUCUUACUGGUCAAGCGGCCAGAGAUGCUGAGAAAGCUAAGGAUGUGUUGUGUAAAUUAGAACAUACAACACUAAGAAAAGUGACAGCCAACACAGCCAUAUAUUAUGAUCCCGAUCCACAGAACACAGUAAUCGCUGAAGAUCAAGAAUGGGUAAAUGUUUACUAUGAAAUGCCUGACUUUGAUGUCUCAAGGAUCUCACCCUGGUUACUAAGGAUUGAACUGAACAGAAAGAGAAUGACGGACAAAAAAUUAAGUAUGGAACAUAUUUCAGAAAAGAUUACAGCAGGAUUUGGUGAUGAUCUUAAUUGUAUCUUCAAUGAUGACAAUGCAGAGAAGUUAGUGCUUAGGAUCAGGAUUAUGAAUUCUGGAGGAGACAAAGAAGUUUCUGAAGAAGAGAUUGUGGACAAAAUGGAAGAUGAUGUGUUCCUGAGAUGUAUAGAGUCAAAUCUAUUGUCAGAUAUGUCUCUACAGGGUUUAGAGGCUAUAGGAAAGGUGUACAUGCAUUUACCAACAACUGAUGACAAGAAGAGAAUUUUCAUCACUGAUGCAGGAGAGUUUAAAGGAGUGGCAGAAUGGAUCUUGGAAACUGAUGGUACUGCUCUGACAAGAGUUUUGAGUCAGCGUAAUGUAGAUCCAAUCAGAACUACAACUAACGAUAUUGUUGAGGUUUUCCAGACACUAGGUAUUGAAGCUGUGAGAAAGUCAAUUGAGAAAGAAAUGACUCAUGUAAUAUCUUUUGAUGGUUCUUAUGUAAACUACAGACAUUUGGCCUUGUUGUGUGAUGUGAUGACAGCUAAAGGUCAUUUGAUGGCUAUUACUCGUCACGGCAUUAACAGACAGGAAACUGGUGCCCUAGCCAGAUGUUCUUUUGAAGAAACAGUUGAUAUUUUGAUUGAAGCUGCAGCUCAUGCAGAAGUUGAUCCUAUGAUGGGUGUAUCAGAAGCCAUUAUGGUUGGACAGUUGGCUAAGAUUGGCACAGGUGCAUUUGAUUUGUUGUUGGAUGCAGAGAAAUGUAAACUUGGAAUGGAGAUCCCUACAAAUAUUGGUGUAGGAAUAAUUGGUGGAAGUACAGGUUUGUUCUUUGGAGCACCUGGAAGUCCUGGAGCCAGCAUGUCACCACAGAUGACACCAUGGCAGACUGGAGCUACUCCUGGCUAUGGUGCAUGGUCACCGGGUGUUGGAAGUGGAAUGACUCCAGGAGCUGCUGGAUUCUCACCAUCUGCUGCUAGUGAGAGUGGUUACAGUCCUGGAUACAGUCCAGCCUGGUCUCCACAACCUGGUUCUCCUGGUUCCCCAGCCAGUCCAUACAUACCAAGUCCAGCUGGAGCACUCUCUCCUAGUUAUUCUCCAGCCUCACCUUCGUAUGUACCAUCAUCACCGGCAGUGACACCACAGAGUCCAGGAUACUCACCAACAAGUCCAUCAUAUUCUCCUACAAGUCCUGGAUAUUCACCUACUUCUCCGAAUUACAGUCCAACAAGCCCGUCUUAUUCACCUACAAGUCCUUCAUACAGUCCAACUUCUCCAUCUUAUUCACCAACAUCACCGUCUUAUUCUCCAACGUCACCAUCAUACAGUCCAACAAGUCCAUCGUACUCACCAACUUCACCGUCAUACUCGCCAACAAGUCCAAGCUACAGUCCGACGUCACCAUCCUACAGUCCAACAAGUCCAUCGUACUCACCAACUUCUCCAUCAUACAGUCCAACCAGUCCUUCAUAUUCACCGACAUCACCAUCUUACUCACCAACAAGUCCAAGCUACAGUCCAACUUCACCAAGUUACAGUCCAACAUCACCAAGUUACUCACCAACAAGUCCGAGCUACUCGCCAACUUCGCCAUCAUAUUCUCCAACAAGUCCGAGCUACAGCCCAACAAGCCCAUCUUACAGUCCGACAAGUCCAAGCUACAGUCCAAGUAGUCCAAAUUACAGCCCAAGCAGUCCGAGUUAUUCACCAAGCAGUCCAAAGUACAGUCCUACAAGUCCAAGUUAUUCUCCAACAAGUCCGUCAUAUUCACCAAGUUCACCGCAGUACUCUCCAUCGUCACCGAAGUAUUCACCAGCAAGUCCAUCAUAUUCUCCAAGCAGUCCAAAGUACACACCUACAUCACCAACGUAUUCACCAAGUUCACCAAACUACAGUCCUACAUCACCAGAGUACAGUCCAAGUUCACCACAGUACAGUCCAAGCUCACCGAAGUACAGUCCUGCUUCACCGUCAUAUUCACCAUCAAGUCCAAAAUACAGUCCACAGAGUCCAACUUAUUCGCCCUCUAGUCCAAAGUAUACACCUGGAAGUCCAACAUACUCUCCAACUAGUCCACAGUAUUCACCAACAAGUCCAACAUACACUCCUGGAACACCAAAGUAUUCACCAACAAGUCCAGCAUACUCGGCUGCUGAUGAUGAGGAUAGUGAUAUGGAAUAAGUGAACUGUAAAUGUACAAUAACUAGAAACUAAAUAUAGAAAUGUAGGUUUGGAUGUACAUCCUCAUAUGGCAUAAAUUGGAGUGUUGACUGUAAAUACAUUAGUUGUAUCAAAAAUGGUUGGAAAAUGUAUAUAGUUUCUCUAAAACUACAUUUUUUCGCAUUUCUAUUUUCAAUAUUGUGGAAUUACAGAAAUUGUUUUGUAUAAAUAUUGGUAUCAUUUAAGUUCAUUUAUCUGAUAUUGUUUUCAUGUUGACUGAUGUUGGAAAAACAAUGACUUAUUUUUCGAAUAUUCAUUUUGAUAUGUUUAGUAUUUUUGCAAAUUGAUAAAACAAACAAAAAAAAUGAAAAAUCUUGAAGUGUUCAUAUACAUAUUUAAUGUGCAUAUAAUUUAUGUUUUAAGUGUAAAGUUCAUUGUUUUAAUGUUUGAAAUAAGAAAAAGAUGUAAAAAAAUAAGUGUUCAUCAUUUUAGUGUUUAAUUCAUAACAUGCAGAUUAUUGUGCUUGUAUAUAUAUUCAAGAUAUGUAUGGUUAUUGGUAUUGGAAGAAUGUGUUUUCAUUUUAAACUGGUGUUAAACACCAAAUAAUUAAUAAAUCAUCACUGGUGAAUGGACUUGAAUGCUCCACCUCCAUUUCCAAGCAUGCUUUAGUGCUUUGUUUUGUAAAAAAAAAAUGUUAGUGUUAAUAUUCACUGUACAUAUUUCAUACAAAAAAUGUAAAUAAUUAUCAUUCAUUGUAAAUAAACUCAUUCUCCUGUACCAUACUGUUAAAAAAAAAAGAGAAUACAUAUCUAUAAAAGAUUUAAAACAUGAAACAAAGUAACUAAGAUUUUUUCUUCAUUUGUGCUUUUGUAAAAUUUUAAGAAGCUGAUGUCUAUAAUUUGUUACUUUUGUAUUAUUUUCCUUUGUGAUUUAGGAAUAAUUACAUUAUUUCAAUUUUAAUUUUCAUGCUUUUCAUUUGUUUUUCUUUAGCUUCUAUAUAUCAACUAAAAAAGCCAUCCAACUGAAACCCAUUAUAAAAGAUGAGAUAAGCUCUGAAUGUUCUUCAUUAGAAACACAGUUAUCAUAUUGAUAAAGAAUGUUCGUGAUGCUAAAAAUUCAUAAUUUGUAUUACAAUGUGUAUAAAGGAACGCUUGUGACAUGUAAUAUAUAUGUUUUUGUUAAUGUCAGAAUUUAUUUGUUGUGUUUUAAAACUUAUAAAUUUUCAAAGUAAACCCUUUGGUGGUGUCUUUCUAAUUCAAAAUUUGAUUUCAAGGUUUAUAAACGUAACAUUUCAAAAAUUGGGAGAACUAAAAAUUCACAAAAAAAGUUCAUUCUGUUACAGAAUUUUUCAUCUUGUAAUAAUGACAAGUUAUUGGAAGGAAAAUAACUUGGUAUGGUUACCCAUAAUUCCUUACAUCCACUUCAUUUGAAUGCAAAUGGAUAGUUGAGCCAUUGUCAAUCAUACCACAUCUUCUUAUUUUUAUAAUAGUUUGAUAAUAAUUGUUGGUAUCUUGUAAAUAUAUAUAAAAAGAAACUUUAGUCUUUUUCACAGUUGUUUCAGUAUGACUUUAGAUCAGGAAAUUGGUGCUUAUUUCUUUUGUGUAAGACGUCACUUCAAUAGUGUUGUUUGCUAUAUCUCUUGUAAAUAUUGUAUUUGAUCACCUAAUUAGUUACAUAUGUAUGUAUGUAUGUAUAUAUAUUCAGCUUAUUGUGAUCAGAUUUUAAAUCAUUUUCUUGUGAUGUAAAGUUUUAAUGUGAAAUUAUUUUUGUUGAGAGAGGUUGUUAUUUUUAAUUUAGUUUCAAUCAUACAAGGCAGUAGUUGUUACUCCACCUUCAGACUCAAAAUUAAAAACAAUAAAAACAUGAAGCUUUUGAUAUAUUGAAGAUGGGUUGUUGUUUUGGAAUUAUAUUUUUUUUAAUUGAAAUGGCAUAAUUUGGAUUCCAGAUAUAAUUGAAACACUUGCUGUUUUAUCCAGACAUAUUGGAAACCCAAACAUAAAGAUGUUCAAAGUAAUUUUUCUUAUCAUUUGAAUGCAUGUGCUUUUGUGGUACUUUCAUUAUGGCUUUGUAAAUGAUGGUAUUGCUGUAUGUUUGAAAUGAUUACAACAUUAUUAAUAUUAAUAUGUAUGUAUGUAUUAAGAGCAUAUGAAUGAUGAAUAAAGGAUAGAGAAAAGGAAA